GCCUGUGUUGCCACUGACUUCAUUAAAGCCAGCUGUCCCCGAGCUGCAGAGGCGCGGCAGCCUUUAAUUCCGUGGCCCGGCUCCUGCGGGCAGCCCUGCGCGCUCCUGCCCCGGCAGCCGAGGGCCGGGCAUCCCCCCCGCCCGGGGCUCAGCCCUCCGCCCUGCCCCAGCCAGCCCGCAGAUGGGCGGCCGGGCUCCCGCAGGAUGCUGAAGAUGGAGUCGGGAGGAAGGAGUUGGACACUUGGCUCCAACUAGGCUGGACCGCGCUGCAACCUGUUCCCCCGGCCGCGGCUCUGCGCUGGGAUGGCUCGCUUUGGGGAGGCAGUGGCCGGCAGGCUGGGCUCUGGAGAUGGGGGCUCCGACCAGAACCGGAGCCGGCAAGGAGCUCCUGCCCCUGCGGGAGGGAGCCCGGGAGCCUUCAAGCAAACCAAAGCGCAGAGAGCCCGGACUAUGGCUCUGUACAACCCCAUCCCCGUCCGGCAGAACUGCUUCACCGUCAACAGAUCGCUCUUCCUCUUUGGGGAAGAGAACAUAGUCAGGAAAUACGCCAAGAAGCUCAUCGACUGGCCUCCCUUUGAGUACAUGAUCCUGGCGACCAUCAUUGCCAACUGCAUCGUGCUGGCCCUGGAGCAGCACCUCCCCGAGGAUGACAAGACGCCCAUGUCACGGAGAUUAGAGAAGACAGAGCCCUACUUCAUUGGGAUUUUCUGCUUCGAGGCUGGGAUUAAGAUCGUGGCGCUGGGGUUCGUUUUCCACAAGGGCUCGUACCUGCGCAACGGCUGGAACGUCAUGGACUUCAUUGUGGUCCUCAGCGGCAUCCUGGCCACGGCCGGGACACACUUCAACACCCACGUGGACCUGCGGACGCUGCGCGCCGUGCGCGUGCUCCGGCCUCUGAAGCUCGUCUCGGGCAUUCCCAGCUUGCAGAUUGUCCUGAAAUCCAUCAUGAAGGCCAUGGUGCCUCUCCUCCAGAUUGGCCUGCUGCUCUUUUUUGCUAUCCUCAUGUUUGCCAUCAUUGGCCUGGAGUUCUAUAGCGGGAAGCUGCACCGAGCCUGCUACACAAACAAUUCAGGUGAACUGGAGGAGCUGGACCCCCCCCAUCCCUGCGGGGUGCAGGGUUGCCCCCCGGGCUACGAGUGCCGGGAGUGGAUCGGUCCCAACGACGGGAUCACGCAGUUCGACAACAUCCUCUUUGCUGUGCUGACCGUCUUCCAGUGCAUCACCAUGGAAGGGUGGACCACAGUCCUGUACAAUACCAAUGAUGCCUUAGGAGCCACCUGGAACUGGCUGUACUUCAUCCCCCUCAUCAUCAUUGGAUCCUUCUUUGUCCUCAACCUUGUCCUGGGAGUGCUGUCAGGGGAGUUUGCCAAAGAGCGAGAGCGCGUGGAGAACCGCCGGGCGUUCAUGAAGCUGCGGCGCCAGCAGCAGAUCGAGCGGGAGCUCAACGGCUACCGGGCGUGGAUAGACAAAGCGGAGGAAGUCAUGCUGGCUGAAGAGAACAAAAACUCGGGGACCUCAGCCUUAGAAGUGCUCAGGCGAGCCACCAUCAAGCGGAACCGCACGGAUGCCAUGUCGGGUGACGAGCACUGUGUCGACAUCUCCUCUGUGGGCGAGCGGAGGCUGGCACAGAGAAGACCUCUCCAUCCAACCUUGGGUAACCCCUCGAGUCACUCUGGCCUCAAAGGUGCCAGGGUGGACGGUGCCUCCUACCUGCGGCACAAGGAGCGACUGCUGCGCAUCUCCGUUCGCCACAUGGUGAAAUCCCAGGUCUUCUACUGGAUCGUCCUGAGCCUGGUGGCUCUCAACACUGCCUGCGUGGCCAUCGUCCAUCACAACCAGCCAGCCUGGCUCACCCACUUCCUCUACUAUGCAGAGUUCCUGUUCCUUGGGCUCUUCCUUCUGGAGAUGUCCUUAAAGAUGUACGGGAUGGGGCCACGCCUUUACUUCCAUUCUUCCUUCAACUGCUUCGACUGUGGGGUCACAGUGGGAAGCAUCUUUGAAGUGGUUUGGGCUAUAUUCAGACCAGGAACCUCUUUUGGGAUCAGUGUCCUACGAGCUCUUCGUCUCCUGCGGAUAUUUAAAAUAACCAAGUACUGGGCAUCCCUGAGGAAUUUGGUGGUCUCGCUGAUGAGCUCCAUGAAAUCUAUUAUCAGUCUGCUCUUCCUCCUCUUCCUCUUCAUUGUGGUCUUUGCCCUGCUGGGAAUGCAGCUGUUUGGAGGCAGGUUUAACUUCAUGGAUGGGACCCCAUCGGCCAACUUCGACACCUUCCCUGCAGCCAUCAUGACAGUGUUUCAGAUCCUGACGGGCGAGGACUGGAACGAGGUGAUGUACAACGGCAUCCGCUCCCAGGGAGGCGUGCGCUCGGGCAUGUGGUCCUCCAUCUACUUCAUCGUCCUCACCUUGUUUGGGAACUAUACUCUGCUGAAUGUCUUCUUGGCCAUUGCCGUGGACAACCUGGCCAACGCUCAGGAGCUCACCAAGGAUGAGCAGGAGGAAGAGGAGGCCUUCAACCAGAAGCACGCCCUCCAGAAAGCCAAAGAAGUCAGCCCCAUGUCUGCCCCAAACAUGCCUGCUAUCGAAAGAGACAGGCGGAGGAGACACCACAUGUCGAUGUGGGAGCCACGCAGCAGCCACCUGAGGGAGCGUCGCCGGCGGCACCACAUGUCGGUGUGGGAGCAGCGCACCAGCCAGCUGCGCCGGCACAUGCAGAUGUCCAGCCAGGAGGGCAUCAACAAGGACGAGCCGCCGCUCAUCAAUCCCCACGCCAGCAUCUUCCGCAGGAAGAGACCCGGGGAGGGUGUAACCCUGGAGAAAUGCGCCGAGGAGCAGGGCAAGGGCGAGCGGCCGCUGGCCGAGGGGCCCGAGCAGCCGGUCCCGGGGGCCAACCCCGGCGGUGGCGAGGCCAAGCGGGACAAGGACGCGUGGCAGCAGAAAUCCUGCCAUGGGAACUGUGAGCCGGGAGAGCAGGACGGGGCGGGAGGCAGCAUCGAGGAUAGAGCCAGGAUGAGACAGAGCCAGCGGCGCAGCCGGCACCGCAGAGCCCGCACGGAGGGCAAGGACACGGCUGGCAUCCUGGGGAGCCGCUCAGCCAGCCAGGAGACGGGGCUGGAGGAGGCCAGCGCUGCCGAGGGGGCGCAGGACGGGGACCGGCGCGGGGACGCGGCUGCAGCAGAGGCGCUGAUUCCAGGGGAGCCGGAGGCGAGCGGGGAGUCCAUCAGGACAAACGGGGUCCCCGCUGGCGAUGCCGAUCUGCUCGGGAGCGCCAGGAAGGGGAGCCCGGCGCACGCCGCGCCCGAGCCGUGCCAGGGGAAGGUGAUGGAGCAGGAGUGCAGCAGCCCGGACACGAGCGAGCAGGCGCUGCUGGAGCCCAGCCGCACCGUGAGCCGCAGCGAGCCCGACCUCUCCUCCAACGCCGAGAAGGCCACCGAGAGCACGGCCAUCAUGAUCGAUGUCCACGACUCCGCUGUGGUACAGAUUAGCAACAAGACAGACGGCGAAGCCAGCCCCUUAAAGGAGGCUGAGACCAAGGAGGAUGAGGAAGAAAUGGAGAAGAAGAAGCGGAAGAAGGAAAAGAGCGAGACGGGCAAAGCGAUGGUGCCGCACAGCUCCAUGUUCAUCUUCAGCACCACCAACCCGGUGAGGAGGGCCUGCCACUACAUCGUGAACCUGCGCUACUUCGAGAUGUGCAUCCUCCUGGUGAUCGCCGCCAGCAGCAUCGCCCUCGCCGCCGAGGAUCCCGUCCUCACCAACUCCGACCGCAACAAGGUGCUGAGGUAUUUCGACUAUGUCUUCACUGGAGUCUUCACCUUCGAGAUGGUGAUCAAGAUGAUUGAUCAGGGCUUGAUCCUGCAGGACGGCUCCUACUUCCGAGACCUCUGGAACAUCCUGGAUUUCAUCGUGGUGGUGGGAGCGCUGGUGGCUUUUGCCUUGGCGACCAACAAGGGCCGGGAUAUCAAGACCAUCAAGUCUCUCCGUGUGCUGCGGGUCUUGAGGCCCCUGAAAACCAUCAAGAGACUGCCCAAGCUGAAGGCUGUUUUUGACUGUGUUGUGACAUCUCUCAAGAACGUCUUCAACAUCCUCAUUGUCUACAAGCUCUUCAUGUUCAUCUUCGCCGUCAUCGCCGUGCAGCUCUUCAAGGGGAAGUUCUUCUACUGCACUGACAGCUCGAAGGACACGCAGAAGGACUGCAUAGGGAACUACGUGGACCAUGAGAAGAACAAGAUGGAGGUGAAAUGCCGGGAGUGGAAGCGGCACGAGUUCCACUAUGACAAUAUCAUCUGGGCUCUGCUCACCCUGUUCACCGUGUCCACCGGCGAGGGGUGGCCCCAGGUGCUGCAGCACUCGGUGGAUGUGACGGAGGAGGACCGCGGGCCCAGCCGCAGCAACCGCAUGGAGAUGUCCAUUUUUUAUGUCGUCUACUUCGUGGUCUUCCCCUUCUUCUUCGUCAACAUUUUUGUGGCUCUCAUCAUCAUCACGUUCCAAGAGCAAGGAGACAAAAUGAUGGAGGAGUGCAGCCUGGAGAAGAACGAGAGGGCCUGCAUUGACUUCGCCAUCAGCGCCAAGCCCCUGACGCGGUACAUGCCCCAGAACAGACACACCUUCCAGUACCGCGUGUGGCACUUCGUGGUGUCCCCGUCCUUCGAGUACACCAUCAUGGCCAUGAUAGCGCUCAACACCGUGGUGCUCAUGAUGAAGUACUAUUCUGCUCCAUACACCUAUGAGCUGGCCCUGAAGUACCUGAACAUUGCCUUCACCAUGGUGUUCUCCUUGGAGUGUGUCCUCAAGAUCAUCGCUUUCGGCUUCCUGAAUUAUUUCCGGGACACCUGGAACAUCUUUGACUUCAUCACGGUCAUCGGCAGCAUUACAGAGAUCAUCCUGACGGACACCAAGCUGGUGAACACCAGCAGCUUCAACAUGAGCUUCCUGAAGCUUUUCCGGGCUGCUCGUCUCAUCAAGCUGCUCCGCCAGGGCUACACCAUCCGCAUCCUGCUCUGGACGUUUGUGCAGUCCUUCAAGGCGCUCCCCUAUGUCUGCCUCCUGAUUGCCAUGCUUUUCUUCAUCUACGCCAUCAUUGGGAUGCAGGUUUUUGGCAAUAUCAAACUAGAUGAGGAAAGCCACAUUAACCGGCACAACAACUUCCGCAGCUUCCUGGGCUCCCUCAUGCUGCUCUUCAGGAGUGCCACUGGAGAGGCGUGGCAGGAGAUCAUGCUGUCCUGCCUGGAGGGCAAAGGCUGCGAGCCGGACACCACGGCCACGUCCGGGCAGAACGAGAACGAGCGCUGCGGCACCGACCUGGCCUAUGUCUACUUUGUGUCCUUCAUCUUCUUCUGCUCCUUCCUGAUGCUCAACCUGUUUGUGGCAGUCAUCAUGGACAACUUUGAAUACCUGACACGGGAUUCCUCCAUCCUGGGCCCUCACCAUCUGGAUGAGUUUGUCCGGAUCUGGGCAGAGUAUGACCGAGCAGCGUGCGGCAGGAUCUCGUAUAAGGAUAUGUACAAAUUAGUACGGGUGAUCUCGCCUCCUCUGGGCCUAGGAGAGAACUGCCCCUACAGGGUGGCGUGCAAGAGACUGGUGCUGAUGAACAUGCCCGUGGCCGAGGACAUGACAGUGCACUUCACCUCCACCCUCAUGGCCCUGAUCCGCACGGCCCUGGACAUCAAAAUUGCCAAAGGUGGUGCAGAUUGGCAGCAGUUGGACUCCGAGCUUCAAAAGGAGAUCCUGACCAUUUGGCCUCACCUGUCCCAGAAGAUGCUUGACCUGUUGGUACCCAUGCCAAAAACCUCUGACCUGACUGUUGGGAAAAUAUAUGCAGCCAUGAUGAUCAUGGAUUACUACAAGCAGAGCAAGGCGAAGAAGCAGCGGCAGCAGCUGGAGGAGCAGAAAAAUGCCCCCAUGUUCCAGCGCAUGGAGCCGUCCUCCCUGCCGCAGGAAAUCAUCUCCAACGCAAAGGCGCUGCCGUACCUCCAGCAGGACACCCUCUCGGGCCUGAGCAGCCGAGGCGGGUUCCCCUCGCUGAGCCCGCUCUCGCCGCAGGAGAUCUUCCAGCUGGCGUGCAUGGAUCCGGCCCAGGAGCAGUACCAGGAGCACCAGUCUCUGGAGCCAGAGGUUAGGGAGUUUCAAAGAGUGCAGCCCUCUAACCGUGGCAGCUACCUUCCCGUGGACACUCAGGACCACGCUGUCUCUGGGAGGGCCUCCUCCAUGCCUCGUCUCACUGUGGAUCCCCAGGUGGUGACAGACACCAGCUCCAUGCGGAGAUCGUUCUCCACCAUCCGGGACAAGCGGCCCAACAGCUCCUGGCUGGAUGAGUUCUCCAUGGAGCGCAGCAGCGACAACACCUACAAGUCCCGCCGGCGCAGCUACCACUCCUCGCUCCAGCUGUCCGCCCGGCGCCUCAACGCCGACUCGGGCCACCGGUCCGAGGGGCACCGCUCGGGCAGGGAGCGGGGCCGAUCCAAAGAGCGCAAGCACCUGCUGUCCCCUGACAUCUCCCGCUGCAACUCCGAGGAGAGGAGUCCCCAGGCACAGGAGGAGUCCCCGGAGCGGCGGCGCGAGUCCCGGUCACCCAGCGAGGGCAGGUCACAGACACCCAGCAGGCAGGGCAUGGGCUCCCUGAGCGAAAGCUCCAUCCCCUCCAUCUCGGACACCAGCACUCCCCGGCGCGGCCGCCGCCAGCUGCCGCCGGUGCCCCCCAAGCCGCGCCCGCUGCUGUCCUACGCCUCCAUGCUGCGGCACGCCGGGGACGCCUCUCCGCCCGCCGACGAGAGCGAGGGGGGCUCCCCGCUGCUCUCCUCCAGCCUGGAUCCCAGCGCCGCCGGCCCGGCGGAGUCUUCCAGCUCGCCGGCGGGCAAGCAGAGCCGGCAGUCCACGCCGCAGCGCUACAUCUCCGAGCCCUACCUGGCGCUGCACGACGACUCGCACGCCUCAGACUGCGGUGAGGAGGAGACGCUCACCUUCGAGGCGGCCGUGGCCACCAGCCUGGGCCGCUCCAACACCAUCGGCUCGGCGCCGCCGCUGCGGCACAGCUGGCAGAUGCCCAACGGGCACUACCGGCGGCGGCGGCGGGGCGCGGCGCAGGGCGUGAUGUGCGGGGCCAGCAUCGACGUGCUCAGCGACACCGAGGAGGAUGACAAGUGCUAGAAGCUGCCCCCACCCCCCGCUCCUCGCCAACCCGACCCCCCCGCACCCCCCGCCCUGCCCUUCUCCAAUGCAUGCUCUUCGCCACGCCUGGGAAUGAAACUGAAAAAAAAAAGAAAAGAAAAGAAAAAAAAAAACAAACCAAAAACCAAACGCAGCGGGGUUGGGGGGGGGGGGGGGGGGGAAAGAGGGGAAAAAAUAACAAAAAGCAAGCAAACAAAAAAACCACCCCAACCUAAUGGAAUGGAGGGGGAAGGAAAAGGGAAAAAAAAAAAACAACCCACCAACAAGAAAAGAAACAGAAAAAAAAGUCUUUGUGCAAAAAAAAAAAUUAAAAUCCGUCAACUUUCAUUUAUUACUAUCACUUUUUUUUUUCUGCACAGAGAAACAUGUGAUGGGCAGCAGAGCAGCCCGGCUGGGCUUGUGUGCUGGGGGACAAGGGAGAGCCCCCCCAGCCACAGCCCUGCUCCCUGCUCCAAGACAGAUCCCCGGGAAAGCUCCUCCCGAUGGUUUUUUGCUCCCUAUGGCCGGAGAGUCCCAGCAAAGGGAUGCAAGGGCUCCCCUUUGCUCUGUCGCUUGGGCUUGUGCUGCUGUGGCUUUGAAUUUCCCUCCCCAAGAGUCCCAUCCUGCCCGGACAAUGGCAAGAUGCGACGGCAGGGUGCAGGGGAUGAGGGGUUGGGAUGCACCCAGACAGACCAGAGCAGCUCUGGCUGCCAGAAGGGGCAAAACUGGUUUGUACUGGGGCUGGGGGGCUCAGUGCUGCCGAAUGUAUCCUGUCUCCCACUGACAUAUAUUUAUUUAUAUACGGAGAACUCUAGGUGUGCCUGUGUGUGUAUAUAGGGGUGUGUGUGUAUAUAUAUUUAUAUGCUGUAUAUAUAAAGAUAUACACAUACAUAGAUUUGUUUUAAUCACCUGACAAUGCUGGGGAGCCCCUUGGGGCUCCUGCUGCCUGCACCCUGCUUUGUUGGGGGCAGGACCGAGCCUCCCAGGGGGGCUGCUGUACAGAGCAUUGGGAAUGUCACCUUGCUCCCUCUCCCUCCCAGGUGUUUCCAGUGGUGGGAAUUGCAUUUUCUGUGUUAGAGAUGGCUGUGGCGAGGGCUCCUUGGGCAGCUCAGUGCCUGCAGGAGUGGGAUGCCCAAGGGAUGAGGACAGGGCUGUCCCCAGGAGUUGGCUCACAUGGCACCAGCAGUGCCAAGGGGUGAUGACAAACCUCUCAGAAGUCUCUUUGCUUGUUUUCCCAGGAAAGGAAGAUAUCCAUGUCAGCAGGGGAGUGAAGAUGUUGUGAGUGCAUGAUGUACCUUAAGACCUGUCCUCCAGGCAGACCUGGCUGGCUUUGGCACCAGACCUGCCUCAGUUUCCCCUGCAGCCAUGGCCUCUGCCCUCUCCUGGGCCUGGCACCCCUUUGGAGAAGGGCUGCCGUGGGGGGCUGGCUGUGCAAACCCACGGGGAGCAGGUGGGUGUCCAAAACAGGGGAAGGAGCAUCGUCCAGGGGGUGAGCAGGGUAGCUCAGCCCUCCUGCAAACACUGAAGGUGCAGAACAGAGCCACCUCCCAGCGCCAGCCAUUAAUUAAUCCGGUAAUUAUGGGCUGUCAGCUCCCAGCGAUCCAUGCUGGGUGCAGUGCUGUGCCUGCCAGCCCGGGGAGGUGCUGCUGGUGGCCUUUGCCUCACCCUGGUGACCAGUGGUGUGUUUCUGCUAUGAGCUGUGUCUGUCAUCAGCCCGAGCGUGGUCCUGGGGGGCUGGAGGUGCUGUGCCUUUGGAGCCUCAGGGAAGGGCGUGCUCUGAGGGCUGGGGGAUGCUCGGUGCGUUUGGACCGGGCGUGUGUGGGGAUGGGACGUGGGGAUGGGCAGGUAAAGGCAGCACGGCCACACCCUGCCCAUCUCCUGCCCAUGGCUUUGCUUUGCUGCAGGUUGUUGUGCUCUGGGUCCUCGGGGCUGUUGUGCAGCCGAGCAGCAGCUCUGGCCAGGCUUUGCUUCGGGCCUGGGUAGCUCCUGCCUUCUCGUGACCGAGAGGUGCACAAGCUGCCCUGCUCCUGCAUGUGCAGAUCAGCGCUGCCCCGAUCGCUUUGCGAGCUCCCCGAAGGAGCUCUGCUUUGUCAGAAGCAAAUCCCAGUGGCUCCGAAGGCUUCCUGCCCCAGGGCUCGUGCAUGGACCCAAACCCCUCUUUCUAAUGGUCAAAGUGCCCUCAGUGCACCCGUACAGGGCCCAAAGCUCCUCCUGCUUCCAGUGGCCCCCGAUGGUGAGGAGCACCUUUGCUGUCCCUGCUGCUUCCCAGACAGACACUUUGGUCCAAAAAUUCCACAGGCAGACCUCUCUAGCUUUGGCUCAGAUGCUGCAUCCCCCCUCUCGGCUCUUGGGGACAAAGCAUGUCCCAUGCAGCCGUGGGGAAGGUCCCUGGUGGUGGCUGGGGGCACGGGCACCACCUGUUCCCUUCCAGCCAUCCGCGAGCAGUUUGUGGCUUCACCCCGAAGCUGCAAAUUCCCUGUGGCGGAAUUUGGGAGAGCCGGGUCCGGCGGGCAGCGUGCGAUGGGGGAGCAGGGACACGGUGCUGCUGGGGGCCGGGAAGGCGAUGCCGCACCUGCUCUAAAUAUAGGCGUCGGUAUCGUCUCCUUCUAAAUGCGGAAAGGUGUCUGACAAUGCGCCGGGCUCUGAGUAAGAGCCCGCGGGGAGGGGAGGAGGCGGCUUUUUGUGUCUGUGCCUGGCGGGUGGGAGGGAGGCAGCGAUGCUCUCGAAGCGGGGGCACGUUUCAUGCGGGUUUCGAGCUUUUUGGGCGCUUUUCUUUCCUCAGCCCCGGCACGGGGCCGGCGAGCGGUGUUGGUGAUGCUCGGCAGCGGUGGCACAGCCCCCGGGGCGCAUCGAACCUGAGCUUUUCGGCGUGUCAGCCCUGUGUUUAACUAAUAUACAGGAACUGUGUGGAACAAAACAGAGCCCCUUUUUACCCGGAAAGGGUCCGAAAACGCCCCGUUCUGCCCCGGUGAAGCAGCCCCCGCGGGGGACAGGACAGGGACCUGCGGGGACACGGUGGCACCUCCGCAGCGCUCUGCGAAACCAAAAACAGCCCCCGGGAGAGCCACGGGAUGGACUGUGCCGAGGGGGAGGCAACCCGAAGGCACCAUUGCAGCCGUGCCUUGCUUUUCAAGGCGCUGGACUCGGCUUUGCUGCUGUACAGUCUCUCUUCUGUGGAUUUUUGGACAUUUCCUCCGCCUCCCGGACACCAGGACACCUCGCCGCCGGUGGCUGCUGGCCGUGCCCAUGGGGAGGGGGAUGAAUUCCAACCUCUGCCUGCACAGGACAUGCCCUGCCCAGGCAGGAGUUCACCAGUAGCAUGCAACUGGUUCCCAGUUCGGUGCUGGGGCUGGACUCAAAGCCCUGCAAAUCUCCUGGGGGGGGCUGUGGUGGGUGUGCGGGGAGGUGUGGCAGCCCUGGCACACAGAGCCCCGCUGUCCCCUCAGGCUGGCUGUCCCAGCACCAUCCUCCUGUCCCCACAGGAUGGCAGAGCCCCGCCGGUGUGGGGCUGGUGUCUCCUGGGGCUGUGGGAGGGAGGGUGGGAGAUGCUCUGCCUUCGUCCCCCAGGCUCUGGGGCGGGAUGUUGUAACAUAACGUGCUCGUUUGGACCCGAACGGGGAACCGAGCUGACCACCAACAAUGUACAACUCCUCAAUGUUUUUUGUCAAAAGGAAAGAAAAAAAUAAAACCU